CCUGUCACUUAUUGGAGAAUGUUUCCUUUUCUUUGCAGCAGGCGUCAGUGGAGAUCGCCAUCUCUAUCACAGCCUUGGAAAUGAUGUCAUUCUGCCCUGUGAUAAUGUACCUCCAUCUCAAGCAAGAUGCCUCUUCAUUGACUGGAUUUACGAAAGAGAUUCAGAUUCUGUGGAUCGCAUACCCAGAGUAGAUAAAGGAAAAGUUAAUCAGAACCCACCUGGAGGAUCCAGUCUGAGUCUGAGGAAUGACUGCUCUCUGAUUAUCAGCAACAUCACUGCUGAGGAUGCUGGUCGUUACACUUGUCGGUCAAACCAUCCCCGUUCCACACUUGUUCAUCUAAAUAUCCUGACCAUCUCUCCAUCUCCAGCAGACACUGAUCCAGAGAGAGACGAUGAGGUCACAUUAACAUGCUCUAUGUGGAGAUACAACACAAACCGUCCUUGUCCACAGAACAGCAUCCUCUGGGUGGAUGAGGAGGGAACUGUGCUGCCUGGUGAAGAUGGCGGGUACAAGUUCAAUGGACAGAUGGACUGUGUUUCUAAUCUGGCUGUGAAACGUCAGAGUGACUACAACAGAAGCUACACCUGCCAGUUUAUUGAAGCAAACAGUGUGAAGAUAGAUGCUCACUUCACCCUUGUCUACACAGAUCCACCCCCCAGCAGCACCUCGAUCAUCGUCGGUGCAGUGGUCGGGGUGCUGGUGGUGCUGGUCGUCAUCGCUGCUGUUCUCAUCAAAUACAGAAGGCGAGCCAAAGCGACGGAGGGUGUUCAAAAACCAACCCACUCCCAAGAAGAGCCAGAGAGUAAUCUGACCUACAUCACUGUCAACCAUGCAAACCAAAAUCCAAAAAGAAAGGUCAAAGUGAAGGAGGAGGCGGUGACUUAUUCUACAGUCAAGAACACAGUGAAGGCCGACAACGAUCCCAGCAGCUUCUACAGCUCGGUCGGAUGAGCUCACCGCAGUGAAUGAGAAGAAAUGAAGCUUUUCUUAGCCUCAGUGAAUAAACCUGCUGUCUACCAGAAAGUGGGUUUGUGCCUCAGACUUCUUAUCAGAUGUAACUGAUCAUCACAAGGAGUUGUUUCUAACUUUUGUUGGCCAUAAAGUAGAACUGGCUGCAUUUAUGUUUCUUAUCACAUUGGAUUAUAAAUGAGGUCUCAUUGCUAUAGAUUGUAAAUCUCUGUUUUUCUUGGAAAGUCAAGAGUUCUUGCUGUGAUACACAUUUUAUUUUGCA